AACACCCUUUAGUUUCAUCAGAGAGUAAAAAAGGAAGUUAUACCAUCCUUCUUUUCUCCCAAGUCAGACUACCUUAAAUUAAAACCCUCUCACCCUAAAAACCCUAGCCGAUCCGACUACAACUAUCUCCGAUUGAAAUAAGAAAAGAAGAAGAAGAAUAGAUGAAGGAAGAUGGAGGACCAGCAUCAAAAGCUCGUCCUCCUCACACAGAGCUAUAUGCUUUACUGAACAUAUCUCCAGAAGCUCCAGAUGAUGAAAUUAGAAAAGCAUAUCGUCAAUGGGCUCAAAUCUAUCACCCUGAUAAAUAUCAAUCUGAUCAGAUGAAAGAUACAGCUACACAAAACUUUCAAAGGAUAUGUGAAGCAUAUGAAAUUUUAACAGAUGAGAAUAAGAGACAGAUUUAUGAUAUAUAUGGUAUGGAAGGAUUGAAUUCUGGUUUAGAACUUGGACCUAAACUUAGUAAAGCUGAUGAAAUUAAAGAGGAGAUUGAGAGAUUAAAACGACGAAAGGAAGAAGAAGAGAUUUCAUCUCAUGUUCGACCUUCGGGAUUAGUUCUUGCUGACAUGUCUUUGCCGCAGUUUCUAGAUGGCGGUGGCAUCAUGCAGGGGAUGGCAAUGUCCAGUGAAGUUCAAUCCCAAAUAUCAAAGCGGAAUGCUAUAGCAAUUGGUGGAAAUCUGAGUGUUAAUAACAAUUCUGGUGGUGGAUUUGCUACUGCAGUAUUGAGACAUCAGGUUUCCUCCGUUGCUUCGGCGGAGUUCACGGUUUCAGCUGGUCUGCGAGCGUUAAUUGGGGCACAGAUGACACGCCAACUGUCGGUUCACUCAAGUGCAACAAGUGGUAUUGCUGUUUCCUUGAGAGAUGGCUCAGUCAAUCUAUCUAAUGCGUGGACUCGGCAGCUCUCUGAGACAUCAAGUGGAAAUAUACAACUUUCUUUAGGCGUGGAAUCUUCCAUUGCUGUUGGAUGGCAAAAGAAGGAUGAGAAAACAUCUGCUACUGGAGAACUUAAGUUUGGGACAAGCUUUAUCGGGGCUUCAGGUCAAUAUACUCGGCAUUUCUCUUCCAAAUCUCAUGGUCGGAUAGCAGGGAAAAUUGGAAGCACUGCUCUCGAGUUUGAAGUUGGGGGUGGGAGGAAAUUAUCAGAUUUCAGCUCUGUCCGGUGGUUUUAUACAAUAGGGAUUCAGGGGGUUUCGUGGAGAUUCGAAUUCCACCGUGGAGGCCAAAGGCUACUUAUUCCUAUACUGCUCUCAAGUGAGUUGACUGGGGGAUUCACAGCUGGUGCAUUGGUGCUUCCAACAUCGCUUUAUUUUCUCCUCAAGACAUUUGUUCUCAAACCUUAUUUCCUCAAAAGGGAGCGCAGAAAAGCAUUGGAUAAGUUGGAACAAUCUUCAGCUCAGGUCAGGGAGGCAAGGGAAAAAGCUGAUAAAGCUCAGCAGUUAUUAUUAAAUGUGGCCACUAGGAAGACAACAAAGCAACUAGAAAAAAACGGGUUGGUAAUUAUCAAAGCGUUGUAUGGAAAUCGUAAAGCUUUCAAAGGGAGUGAAUCACAAGAAGUAGAAGAGGAGGUAGCUUCCCAAAUCCUGGAUGUCACCUUACCUCUGAACUUUUUGGUAACUGAUUCGGGCCAACUCAAGCUACAUCCAGGUGUGAAGAAGUCGGGCAUUAUGGGCUUCUGUGAUCCUUGUCCUGGAGAACCUAAGCAAUUGCAUGUGGAGUACACCUAUGGUGGUGACAGAUAUGAGGUUUUAGUCGACGACUACGCUGAACUGGUGUUGCCCCAGACAGAACACAGAAUAUAAUUUAGAUCAGUGUUAUAGGGAAAAAAGCAAAAUUGUAUCACAGAAAAGCUGACAUUAUUUUAUUUGAUCUAUUUCUUUUGACUUCAAGUUAACAAAGGAGAAAGAUAAAAGAAGUUGUCUUUCCACAAGCUUCUUUUUACUUUUCAGAUAACUUGAGGUAUGGUAGGAUUAGAGUUUGACCCUAUGUUGUGUACAUUAGUUGAACUUCAGUUCCAUUUUUGUGUAAUUACAUAUUUUGAAACUUCAAGCUCCAAAAAGUUUUACUCCGUUUUCA